AUGGACUCCAUCGCCCAUCGUCCCUGGGAGGCCGUCUCCUCGGGUCCUCACACGCCCGCCGCGUUGACUCAAACGUUGCCCUCCAUCUCGACAUUAACGGCCAACAUCGGCCCCGGGGGCGUCAAUCCCUCCGAAAAAUCUCCCGGAAACUCGUCGCUGAACACAAUUGAACGAGACUCGGGGAACUGGUCAAUGCCGCACAGCACAAGUAGGGUCUCUCCUCUCCCCGGGGAUAAUUGGGCGCGGCAUGCUGACCGUGCAGGAUCCUCCACCUACUCGACCGCGACCAACGGUACCAGCAACAACUACCCGUCUCUGACGUUCCUGACCUCCUCCUCGCAACCUUCCCCGAAUCGCGGUCAUGUCGCGCCCGAUCGGUCGCCGUAUUCGCAUGAACAAUCGACCACGCCCUCGUCCGCGGGAGGGAACCAUCCCUCCCCCAACUUCAACACCUCGCAGCCGAAUCCUGCGCUCCCGUCGCUGAACCAGAAUUUCGAUGGCUCCUCCCAUCGGAGCAGCGUCGUCGAGGUCCCCGAGUCGCGACGAAGCAGCGUGGACAGCCGGGUCAACCAGGGUAUCAGCUCGUUGGCCAUCAAUCCCGCCUCCCCCUACCACAGCACGAACGCGUCGCAGUCGUCCAUUGUCUCGAGUCUGCAGCGCGAGCGGGGGAUAUCCAACGAGAUGAACUCCUACCGGGGCCCGCGAUACUCGAGCGGCAGUCAGCCUCUGUCGCCCCUGGGGCCCCGACCCGGUGAACACCGCUCCUUCGCCGCAGGACGCACUGCGCCCGCCAUUUCCUCAAACCCGCGCUCGGAGAUCUACAAUGCAGAGGCCCCUACCGCCGGUAUGGCCUACGCCUUCCCGGAUCCCGACGUCGCGCGAUCAAGUUCCAUCUCGUCCACGGAAAAGUCCAACCCGCCGUUCUCGCGGAAGGGCAGUACCGCCGAAUCCUUGAGUAGCAUGUACUCGGAGCGCAUGCCGCGUGGUCAGCACGAAUUACCUCCCAACGUUCACCACCACACCCUGCAGCACAAGCAGGUCCGGGAACUCAUUGGGGAGUCUGAAUCUAACAGCGGCAACACGCCGUACAGUCGAACUCCAGAAUUGCGCGUCACCCACAAGCUCGCCGAGCGAAAGCGCCGCAGUGAGAUGAAGGACUGCUUCGAGGCCCUGCGGAUGCGUCUACCGCAGACCCAGAACAACAAGUCCAGCAAGUGGGAGACGCUCAGCCGGGCGAUCGAGUACAUCAAUUCCCUCGAGAAGAACCUCGCCACGGCUCGCCGUGAGAACACGGUCAUGCGCUCGGAGAUUGAAGAAAUGCGCGCCCAGUUUGCCCAGCAACAGCACGUUCACAAUCCCUCGCGGCCGGGAUCCGUCUUUGAACACCAUCCCAUGGCGACGACUCCCACAAAUGGCCAGCCACCCGGCCCUGCCUUUGGCGGGUUUGGCAAUGGCCCCGCCAUGGUUGCGGAGCAACCUCGAACGUUACCCCCGCUGAUGAAUGGUGCCUCUGCUCCUAUGCAGGGCAUCCAGUAUACCGAUGAGCGGCGGUAG